AUGAGGAAGCUCCCAAACAAAACACUCAGACAAUACGCCGAGCUUUAUUGGCAGCUGUUCAAUGAAAUUCCAGGAAUCGAUGAAUACUGGGCUGCGCGCACUUUCAAAAACGGUCUGGAAACCGGUAGUAAGAUCCUAGACGAGCUCGCCAUCCGCCCACCACAUGGCAUGGGAGAAUUGAUGCGCGUCGUGGAGAGAUUCUGUGCUCUUGAAGAGUUUUAUGUGGACCGUGCGGCCCCGGGAAUCCCGAGCUUGACAGCAUCCUUCACCUCGGCCGCAACCCAACAGCCGGCACCAGCAAUCACCCAGCACCUGGAACCCAAGAAACAGUGGCCGCAAGGCAAGCUCGGCAUGGACAACGGCCAAGCGGAUCAGAACCCAAGAAAGAAGUGCUCAUAUCACAAUGAGCUCGGCCACUACACAAUGGCAUGUGCUCCCUACAAGGUUCUGUUGGAACGGUUGGUGGCUCAAGACCAUCUCGAUCAAUACAUUGACCGAUCAAAAACACCCGCCCGGCAGACAAAUCCCAACCCCAACGAACAGUGCCCACUGAUACACGUUAUCCACGGCCCCAUGUCAAAGGACCUUGAAUCAACUCUUCAGGCCGACCUUAGUCGCGCGUCAACUUCCAGGCAGGUACUCGCAGUAGGACCUGGAUCCAAACGUCCACGAACAGAAGAGUUACCCAAAUGGAUGAUUACUUUUACCGAGCGCGAUCUUGAACGUGUGCAAACACCACACUCCGACGCCCUCUUCGUAACUGUCCAAAUUGGAGUACAUGAUGUCAAACGCAUUCUUGUCGAUCAAGGAAGUUCAGCAGAGGUCAUGUACUACGACCUUUUCAAAAAGUUGGAUCUACCUGAGUCAGCCCUACAACCUACCGACGUACCCCUCAUCGGCUUCAACGGCGCACCCGUCUGA